UAAAUCUUCCAAACGCUGUUUUUAGUCCCACUCUUUAUCAAAGGCAAUUUCGUUUUAUCUGCCUAUACUGUCUUCUUUUACACUCACGUUGUACUUUUAAAAUGGCAUUGUUCAACAAUGCCCCUGAAUUACGACGACAUAGUUCAGAUAGAACCAUUAAGCUUGCUUCCGUCAACUUUGUCGCGUCGUCAAGAGUUACUGAAGCUUUAGCUGUUUCAGGUCACCUGGCUCUAUCUGCUCCUUCUCAGAUUGUGGGUCAAUUUCAGUUCUUGAAGACCCUUUCUCAUCCCAACCUAUGUCAAUAUGUUGAAAUUCAUCGAGGAAAACACGAAUUUUUGUCGUUUCAGAAUACCUCGACAUAACAAUGCAAAAAGCAAGAAAUUUAGAUUCGAAAACUCCACCGCCUGUGAGUUUAUCAAUAUUGAAACAGUGGGCAUUUGAAAUUUGUUCAGCUUUGCAAUAUUUGAAAGAGAACGGUAUAAUUCAU